UAUAUUAAGACUGAGUUCUAUUUCUUAUUUAUACCCCUUGAAUCUAGGUGUAAUGGUAAUUUUUCAUCGAAAAUUGGAAUUUUUUUCUUCUUUUGAUCGAAGCCAGAAAUUGUUAUAAUCGAUUGUGGAUUAAGGACUGUGGAAUUGAAAUGGAUUCUGGUGAUUGGAGAACUCAACUUUUUCCCGAAUCGCGUCAAAGGAUUGUCAACAAGAUAAUGGAGACCUUGAAGAGGCAUCUUCCUGUUUCUGGGCAACAAGGAGUAGAGGAGCUUAAGAAAAUUGCUGUAAACUUUGAAGAAAAGAUCUAUUCGGCUGCUACAAGUCAGCAAGAUUAUCUUAGGAAGAUAUCUUUAAAGAUGCUGACCAUGGAGACAAAAUCUCAAAAUUCUGGGAGUAGUGGUCAUAAUGCCCUUAGUCCAGGUGAACAAUGAAGUCUCAUGUGCUGUAUUUUAAUAGGGAAAUAUCUUGUUUGACAGGAUGUUUUGUAUAAACUUAAUGACUUCAUAGAUUAUGUUUUCGUAGAACUUGAUAAAUUAUGUUUUUAUAUGAUUGAUUAUAAUUUUAUGACAUUCUAUUUAUAAUAUUAAUAUUUUUGUCAAGCAAA